AUGCUGAAUGACAACAAUGAGCAUCAACUGUCUGUGAUUGCUAUUGUUGGCAUAGGUGGGGUUGGUAAAACAACUUUAGCCCAAUGGCUGUACAACAAUCAGGAGGAGUUCAUGAAGGGAUUUGAUCUGAAAGCAUGGGUUUGCGUUUCGGAGAAGUUUGAAGUUGUUGAGACUACAAGGAAUCUUAUAAAGGAGAUCUCUCCAGAUGCUCAGGGUCUUGAGCAUUUCAAUUCACUUCACCGUGCUUUGAAAGAAGAAUUGUCGAAUAAGAAGUUCCUUAUUGUUCUGGAUGAUGUUUGGAGUGAUGAUGGUGACAAAUGGAGUAAUUUUAUGACCCCUUUCCAACAAAAUGGGAAUAAGGGAAGUGUUGUUCUUCUGACUACUCGGGAGGAAAAUGUUGCUUCUGCAGUUCAAAAUUGUAGCCCUUAUUUUCUCAAGAAGUUGUCGGAGGACUAUUGUUGGUCAGUGUUUGCAGAAAAUGCAUCUUUUCCAGAAUCAAAUGGGAGAGCAGCACUUGAAGAAAUAGGUAGAAAGAUUGUCAAGAAGUGUGAUGGCUUGCCAUUAGCUGCAGAAACACUUGGUCGUUUGUUACGUACAAAGCAUGAUGUUGAGGAAUGGAACAAGAUACUAAUGAGUCAUAUUUGGCGAUUUUCUGUGCAGAAGAGUAAGAUUAUUCCAGCAUUACUGAUAAGUUACUUUCAUCUUCCUCCACAUUUAAAGGGUUGUUUUGUUUACUGUGCUUUAUAUCCCAAAGAUUAUAAAUUUGAGAAAGAUGAUUUAAUCCUUUUGUGGAUGGCAGAAGAUCUUUUACCACCACCAAAAAGAGGAGAGAGUUUAGAAGAAGUUGGUUGUGAGUGUUUUGAUGAACUUACUUCCAGAUUAUUUUUCACAAAGAUUCAAGAUGAUGACGAUUAUUAUUUUGUGAUGCAUGAUCUGUUGCAUGAUUUAGCAAUAUUCCUUGCUGGAGAUUUCUAUUACAACUCAGAAGAACUUGGUGAAGAGGAGGAGAUAAGGAUUCAGACUCGGCAUUUGUUUGUAGAUUUAUAUCAUUGUAGCUCAAAACUUUAUAAUUCUAUUUCUAAAUUAGAAUCUUUGAGAACAUUAUUAUUGUUUGGCGAUUUCUCAUCUCCCAACUGCAACAUUGAAGCGGCAACUUGUGACAUAUUAUCAAAGUGUAAAUACUUGAGAGUUUUAUCCGUUCCAAAACUUGAUGCGGUGCCUAAUUCAAUAGGAGAAUUGAUCCAUCUGCGCUACUUGGAUCUCUGUUGGACUGAUAUUAAGACAUUGCCAGAGUCUUUGUGCAACUUGUGUAAUUUGCAAAUGUUGAAUUUGUCUCACUGUUAUAAGCUAACUACGCUGCCUAGUGGUUUGCAUAAUCUUGUGAGUUUGCGGUAUCUUGAUAUAGGAGAAACUGCUUUGGAAGAAAUGCCCAGAAAAAUGAGCAAAUUGAAUCAGCUGCAUGUUUUAAGUUCCUUUGUGGUCGGCAAGCACGAAGACAAUGGAAUCCAGGAGUUAGGAGGGCUGGUAAAUCUUCAUGGAAGCCUCGAGAUUAGGAAGUUGGAGAAUAUUGUUGACGUGAAAGAAGCAAGGAGCGCAAAGAUAAUGGAUAAGAAGCACAUUGAUGAAUUAUGCUUGGAAUGGUCUUUAGGAGAUGAUUUGGUUUCAAGCACAGAAAAAGAAAGAGACAUGCUCGAUAACUUGCAACCGCACAAUGGGUUGAAAGAGUUGAGAAUAUGGGGAUACAAGGGUACAAUAUUUCCAAAUUGGUUGGGGAGGUGUUCCUACCAAAACAUGACUCAUGUAUCUCUGAGGCAUUGCAAGAAUUGCUGCAUGCUGCCUUCACUUGGACAGCUGCCAUCUCUUAAGUCCCUGCGCAUUGAAGGUUUUGAUCAGCUGAGGAGUAUUGGCGAGGAGUUUUACAGGAAUGAAGGAGAUCAUCAUUCGUUGCAUAAUGCAUCGUUUCCCUCACUGGAGAGUUUGAUGUUUCAUAACAUGGCAUGUUGGGAGGUGUGGCACGUAUCUAAGUCAGAAACUUUUCCUCAACUUAGGAAACUUGAAAUAAGAAAUUGUCCAAUGUUGAAGGAAGAGAUGCUUAAUCAGGUAUUUUUCAGAAUAGUUUCUUCCUUGUCGGAUGUUUCCAAAGUUCGCAAACUACGUAUAGGUGACUACUUUAUAGAACCGCACACCGAGGCCAUGUUUCUUGAUGGGGAUACUUUCUCAAUUAGGGGAUGUGAAUCUGUGAAGGAGUCUGCAUUUAAGGCAAUGAUCAGCAUCAACCAUCUAUGUUGCCUCCAAGAAAUAUGCAUCUGGAGGUGUAGAAAACUAGAAUUCCCCCAGCUACAGCAGCAGAAGUAUGAUUUGGUAGAGCUACUAAUCUACGGCUGUGAUUCACUGACCUCCUUGUCGUUGGAUGUCUUUCCCAAUCUCAGGAAUCUGGAGAUAAGAGGGUGUAGGAAUCUGGAAUCAGUGUCAAUGUCCGAGGCACCACACGCUGCUCUUCAACGUCUCUCCAUUACUCUCUGCCAAAAAAUAGUGUCAUUUGCAGGAGAAGGACUGGCUGCACCCAACUUGACUCAUCUCAAUGUUAGCAGGUGCUCAAAGUUGGAGGCAUUACCACGUCACAUGAAGAGUCAACUCCCAAGUUUACAGUCUCUCGAGAUAUAUGGCUGCCCAAACAUUUGCAGGUUGGCAGAGGGUGGUUUGCCACUUAACUUGAAAUCACUUGAGGUGGGAAUUUGCGAGCAACAAAUGAUGGAUCUGUCAUGGGUGGCUAACUUGCACGCCCUCACUCAUCUUACCAUUUCAGGUAAUUACUGCGACAACAUAAAGUCAUACCCAGAGGUGGGUUCGCUGCCUCACCUUCCCUCCCUUACCACUCUUUAUAUUGAAUACUUUGAUAAUCUGGAGACAUUGGACUGCAACGAGCUUCUCCGCCUCACCUCCCUUCAACAACUACACAUAGAUUGGUGUCCAAAGAUAGAGAAUAUGCAAGGAGAAAAGCUGCCUCCCUCUCUCUUGCUACUGAGAAUUCAAAAGUGUCCUUUGCUGGGAGAACACUGCAAGAACAAGCAUCAACUAAUCUGGCCCAAGAUUUCCCACAUCCCCACCAUUCAAGUCAAAAACUUUUCCGACACAGAUUCUGAGUAG